GCGUACUUUAGAACCAAUCAGAUGCUCGAGAUUUCGGCCGCGUGUGUUAUCGCGAGAACUUUGAACUUCCUUUUCCCUUUUCGCUCUGAAUCCAAGAUGGGCGUAGACAUCAGACACAACAAGGACCGCAAGGUGCACAGGAAGGAGCCAAAGAGCCAGGAUAUCUACCUGAGGCUCCUGGUUAAGUUGUACAGGUUCUUGUCUCGCCGUACCAAUGCUCCUUUCAACAAGGUGGUUCUGAAGAGGUUGUUCAUGAGCAGGACCAACAGGCCUCCUAUCGCAAUCUCCCGUCUGAUUCGUAAAAUGAAACUUCCUGGCCGUGAUAAUAAAAUCGCUGUUGUCGUGGGAACAGUCACUGAUGAUGUCAGGAUUCAGGAGAUCCCCAAACUCAAGGCAAGUAGUCUGAUGUUUCAAUAUAUUUGUACCCUCACUUUUGUUUACCAGCUCACAGCUUUUAUUCACAACCUUCUAAAAUGGGGCCUUUUGUUUUCUGCCACACAGAUCUGCGCUCUGAAAGUAACUGAUGGUGCACGUCGCAGGAUUCUUAAAUCAGGGGGACAAGUGAUGACCUUUGACCAGCUGGCUUUGGCCACUCCCAAAGGACACGGCACAGUGCUGCUGUCAGGACCCCGCAAAGCCAGAGAGGUUUACAGGCACUUUGGAAAGGCCACUGGAACCCCUCACAGCCACACCAAGCCCUAUGUCCGUUCCAAGGGCAGAAAGUUCGAGAGAGCCCGUGGUCGCAGACCCAGCUGUGGCUUCAAGAACUAAUUUGUCUUCAUUUGCCAUGCAGCUUUGAAACAAAUAAAAGAAUGGCUCUAUA